AUGACUCAAGCGCCGUCAGAUACGAGCGACCAUCAACGGUUCGACGAGAUGCUUCUUCAUCUGGAGCCCAGAGGAGCUCGUGUUCCAUACAAUGUCGUCUACGAUCAAGACAGUAACAUCUGGGUGAGUUAACGAUAAAAAGAGUAAUAUCGAAAAACCUGGGAGCCUUGCAGGUAGCUUCGAAAGGAGGCCUGUUCAAAUUCGACGGAAAGUCGCUUCGAACACUUUUCGAGGACAAAAAGUUCUUCAAAAAACAAGCUCCAUUCCCACAAGUUCUUGCGUACAAAGAUAGAGUGAGUGUAGAUUCGCUGUUUCCGCAAUUGCUCUCGUCUCUUCAGAUAAUAUACACAUCGGCCGAGCACUCCGACCAAACGACGAUUCUGAAGGUUAUUUCGCUUAACGGAGACGUCGUUCACGAGUCAUUCAUCGACGGAUUAUGUAAGUUAUCAUAAUUUGUGUAUUUUACACGUUUCAUGAAAGCUUUGCAGUGAUUUCCAUGACAAUAACGGACGACGGCGACAUGUACAUUGUGAAAUCAGCCGCUGGGCACGGAAAGAACUCCAUUCUCACGUAAACAUUUGUCCUAUUUGACUCCACUUCUAAGGCCUUUAUAAAAAUUAAAAGACUUUUGAAACAGGGGAAAACUGUUCGUCGGAAGUUCACGUGUUCAUUUCUCAAUUUCUCCGUCACAACUAUUUUCCUUUUAGAAAUGAAAGUGGGGACGGACAAAUAGAAAUAAACAAAGAGACAAACAAACAAACAGAGGGACAAACCCGUGAAGAGUUAUAUUAAUAAGAAUGAUUAUAGAACGCAUUUGGACUGUCCUAUUGGCUGGGACCUUGUUAUCGAAACAAAGCCUGGAGAGGCUUUCUCACGAAUUUGUGCCCUCGACGAAAAAACGCUUGUUUCUGUUAUUACGGACUUCCCAAUGAAUCCUUAUUCAAAGUGAGUUCGUACUUCAUUCGGUUUUUCAGUAGUGUAUUUUUCAGACAGAGAAUAGCCGUUUACGAUUUAGAGACGAAGGAAGUGAUGGCGACGGGGGCAGAAAUGGGAAAAGAGUCGGGACAGAUAUACUUCCCUCGUUUCAUUAAAAAGCACGGAGAAGGAUUCAUUCUUAACGAUAGAUCCGGAAGAUUCUCAGAGUUUACCAGAGACGGAAAGUUCGUGGCGAUUCGAGCAGAAGUGGACGCGUAUUUGUCAGAAGGAUUCGAUGUAAAAGAUGGCGAGGCGCUGAUGGUUCUGACCGGAAUGGUACUCGAUCCGAAUCAGCAACUCAUUACGGACGAUUGGCUCGAAACGAUCAAGCUGGACGGAUCCUCGUGGAAGGCUGAGAGAGCCAAGAAAAAAAGGGAAAUGGAAGCAGAAGCCAAUAAAGUGUAG